CCAAGCUAGGGAUCAGUUGACAAACCUGGAGUCCCAGGGGAAAAGGAAUAGUUGCUUUGUGAUCAGCAGGAUGGCACUUGCACCACGAGAUGUUCAGACCUAAUGCCUGGAUCUACCGUGAAUUAGAAGCUACAUCUGGAAAACAGCAGUACAAGUCCAGCUCUCCAGGGAUGCCCAUGGCAAUGAAAGCAGGCUUGGAUGACAAAAUGACAGAUACUGGCAACUGGGAUGAGAUAUUACCAAAAUGGGAGAAAAACUUAAAGGAUAUAAAAAUACCUGCUUUUUUUAACAAGAUACUCCAAGAGACUGGGAAAACUUUCCCUCACUCCAAACAAGUCGGGAAUUACCUAGUAGGCAAAAUGAUCAACAAGGGCUCCUUUGCCAAGGUGAUGGAGGGACUGCACAUCCCCACGGGGGAGAAGGUAGCUAUAAAAGUCAUUGACAAGAGGAAAGCCAAGCAGGAUUACUACGUUUCAAAAAACAUGAAGCGUGAGCCGCGGAUACACCAGAUGAUUCAGCACCCCAACAUUGUUCAGCUCUAUGAGACCCUGGAGACCGACAACUCCUAUUACAUGGUGAUGGAGCUGUGCCUCGGUGGGGACCUCCUGGACAAAAUUUGUGACAAAAAGAGGCUGGUGGAACAGGAAGUAAGGAGAUACACCAGGCAAAUUCUGUCUGCAGUAGAGCACCUGCAUUGCCAGGGGAUUGUUCACAGGGACCUAAAAAUUGAAAAUUUUCUUCUUGAUGAGAACAACAACAUCAAAAUCAUUGAUUUUGGACUGAGCAAUACUGCAAGAUUUGAGGGUCUCUCCCAGGAGCUGUUACAUACCCAGUGUGGAAGUCCAGCUUAUGCUGCCCCAGAACUCCUUGCUCAUAAGAAAUAUGGUCCAAAGGUAGAUGUCUGGUCCAUGUAA